AUGAAAAAAAUAAUAAAAGGGAAGGUAAGGAAUGAUGAGAAAGUUGAAAUUGAACAUAUUGAUAAAUCAUUAUAUCCAGGAUUUUUCCCAGAAAAAAAUGAAUUAAAUGAAUUAAUCGAUGAAGAUGAAAAUAAUGAUGAUGCAAAAGAAGCCGGAGAUUUUACAUGGUUUGUUGAUCCUAAAUAUGAGAAUCCUCAAGGAAUGUUGUAA